AUGGCCCAAGAAACGCCUCUACACUGCAGAAAUGGCGUGGUCGCAGCAGCAGCUGCUGCAUGCGCUGCAAUUGCGCAGCAGCGCGUGCUUUCGUUUUCGCCUCUAUCGGUUCAGCGCGUUGCCUUAGGGCUCGAUCACUCGCUGUGCGUCGGCUUGCGUGGCCAGCAGCCGCAGCUCUUCGCGUGGGGAAGGAACCGAGACAAUGUGUUAGGCCUUGGCAUCGACGUGAGGGAGCGAGUACACCCUGGUAUCGUGUCUUUCUUCGUGAAGCAGCCCAUCUUCGCUGUCUCGGCGGGGGCGGCGCACUCGCUGAUCCUCGUAAAACGACCAACGGAGGGGGGGGGGAAGGUGUUUAGUGUUGGUCUUGGGACGGAAGGCCGCCUUGGGUAUCCGAAGCGUGUCACUGCAUCUUCAACUUCUGCAGCAGCAGCAGGAGCAGCGCCAACAGUGGAGUUCGAAGACGAAGAAAACGAGAGCUGGUUUGCUCCGAAUCCCUUUCGCAUUCGCUUCCCAGGGAGAGCCCGUAUUGCUCGCAUUUCUUGUGGUUCGGCACACAGCCUUGCGAUUUCCGACGCAGGCGUCCUCUACGCAUGGGGUCAGGGCUGUUAUGGGGCAUUAGGAGUAGGAGAUACGAGCUGUAGAUUUACACCCGUAGAGGUGAACCUCGCCAAAAAGGGUGCCUUCGUUACGCAUGCAGCGGCAGGGGCAAAACACAGUCUCUGCUGCCUUCAGGAUGGAUCCUGUUGGGCAUGGGGAGCUGGAGCGAGCGGCCGCCUAGGCUUGGGCCAUAACCGUGGAGCCCUUCUGCCUACGCUGAUUGAAUCUCUUCUGCAAUUCCAAGUUGUAUUCGUUGCUGCGGGAGAAAGUCACAGCGCAGCUCUCGACAGACGCGGCUGCGUGUACACUUGGGGAGGCGGACUGUUCUUCAGACUGGGGCAUGGCGAUGAGACCGACUGUCCAACUCCUCGAUUAAUCGAAAGCUUAGGGGGCACCCCCAUCAUGCAAAUAGCGUGCGGCACGUUUCAUACGUUGGCUGUAUCUUUGACGGGUGCGCUCUUUGCGUGGGGUUGCGGAUUGGGGCUUGGACUCGGCUUGGGGGAGGACGGGAUAGGGGGUGUAUCGCCACAGCCGCGUCAGAUUCCAGAAAUAUCUGCUCCCGUAUUGCAUGCAGCAGCUUCAGCGUAUCAUUCUGCAGCGGUAACAGUGCAGGGAGAUGUGCUCAUUUGGGGUGUGGGGGGGGCGAGUCGUUUGGGGACGGGCACGCAGGGGAAUGAGGCAGUACCGGUGUUUAUUGCUGAUCUUCGAAACCGCGCAUUUGUAUCGGAUCUUCGAGCACUGUUAGGCGUCCAGGUGAAUGAGAGGGGUGGGGAUGUCGUCGUUGCGACUACAGCAGCUGAUGGUGGUGUUGGUGCAGCAGCAGCCUGGGGGGGAGCCUCUCUCGGCGUUUCAGGCUGGAGCAUCAGUUUCGUGGCUUGUGGAGAGGCUCACACAGUGGCACUCACUGCGUCGGGAAGUCUCUGGGUGUGGGGUUCUAACGACAAGGGUCAACUAGGCAUUGGGGAGGAGGAGACGGAAGAUCAGCACGAGCCGUUUUGGCUGGACUGCUUCUCGCUUCCAGUGAAGCGAGUAGCCUGUGGAGCCGCGCACUGCCUCGUCGUAACUCAACACGGGAACGUUCUUUGCUGGGGAGACAACGCAGAAGGCCAAUUAGGCCUUGGCAACACGCGACCUGCCUUCACGCCGCAGGGUGUAUCUACACUUCGCAACGCCAUCGACGUCUACGCUUGCGCGACGUACAGCGCAUGCAUCACUGCGGGGAUCGGCGAUGCCGAUGCGCCUACUCAAGGAGCAGCGGGAGGAGGAAUGACGGGAGUUCUUGUCGGAGCCUAUCAUGAAGAACUGCAACAAGCUGGAUCUCUCUGGAUGUGGGGUUCAGCAGAAAGCGGCAAACUUGGACUUGGUGAACACAUUCUCGGCGGCGCCAUUACCGUUCCUCACAGCGUUGCGCUGCCUCUUCCUGUUCAGAAGCUCGCACUGGCGCUUACGACUAGAGGAAAUUUAUACGCCUGGGGAGCAGGAUUUUAUGGCCGUUUAGGAUUAGGAACCUCGGCUAACAUCUACACUCCAGCCGUAGUGACAUUCCCAACGCCGAUCAGGAUAAAGGAGAUUGCAGCAGGCUCGAUGCAGUCUCUAUGCCUUACAGACGAGGGGGAGGUUUGGGUUUACGGAUGGGGAGACAACACUUCGCUUCAAGCGUGUUGCGGUCCGAGGAUGGCUAGACACCUCGACAGACCUGAACUAGUACAAAGCCUCCCUUUCCCUGCUGAUCAAGUCUUCACAGGACCACAGCAUUCCAUCGUCAAACUCAGAAAUGGGGAGCUGUAUAGCUGGGGAUCUACUGAGGGAGGUCGUUUAGGAGUCGGUUGGCGUAGGAAGGAGUUGCAGCAGACACCAGCGCUCGUCUUGCCGCAUUGGGCAGAUCCUGGAGCGAUCUCCUCAGCUGCAGGUGGAAAUGCAGACUUUCAAUUUACUGCCGAGGCUGCUGCAGGGCAGGGGGGAGGGCCUCUGCGGGAAGGAAUUUAUUUGGAACCAGUCUUGAGGGAAGAUCAAAUUGAGGCAUUUCUAGCGCACUUGACUUUCGCUGCCGGGGGCAGUGGUGUCGGAUCUCCUUCGUGGCCUCAUCUGCAAAAUCUUGUGCAGCAAGAGGAGUUUGAAACCCGUCCGGAGUUUUUGAAGUCUCUGGAAGACGCGCUUGUCUCUGUUUUAGGGAGAGACAUUGACGGGCUGCUGCAGCUGGGGGAGACAGAGCAAGAAAUGAAGCAGCUGGAGUCACACUAUCAAACGCUGCUUAUCGGCGUUGCGUCUCGUGCCCGUUGCGGACUGGCGAAUGCUUCAGACAACAAGACACCUGAGAAGCUGCAGAAGAAGCUCUCGGCGUUGCAGCCUCUGGCAUUUAUUCUUCAGCAGCAACCCGCAUAUCUCACGCGUCUCUUUUUUUCUGUAAAGACGAAGGCUGAGCGCGAUUUAGUCGUCAGGAUUACCCAGCAGGUGUACAUGGAGCUGGAAGACAGACGCAUUGGGGGAUUGUUUUGCUGCUUGAUGAGGGCAGUGGCGAAGCAGGAGGUAAUGGAAGCUCCUAACCUCAUGUCGUGCACUUCCAAUUUGGUCGAACUCGUUCGGAUUUCUUUGGCCUCGUUUCUUUCGCGGCAGAUGGAAGAAGAGUUUCAUUAUUCUAUAGAAGACAUUCUGGCAAAGCACGGCCUCUCCAGAAUAGAGGAAGCCUCCAAAGACUGGCAAGAGCAUAUCCGUCGCGACUUUCACAAAGGAUUCUCAGCUCUCGUCAACAUGUGCAAGAAAUACGAAUCGUACUUGAAUCUCUCGGCGCAUGACCCCAUUGCAAAGAUAGUACAAGCGGUAGGGGAAGGAGAAAGCCGCUCUCCACCAUUUUCAACAGCCUUAAUUAAGGAAUGCCAAGCAGCAAAAACUUCGCAAAGCUUCAAAGUAGAUCCCCGCUUUCUAAUUACAGAGAAGAACUUGGUGUACUGCAGUUUAACGCAUGCCCCAGUGCCGCAGCGUCUGGCGCUUCGACAACGAGCGCAAACACAGGACGGCCAGCGAGUGCUUGCUGUUUUGAUUCGCUAUGUGCCUCCUGAUGCAUGCGACUGCCGCAUGCAGUUGGCAGACUGUCUCCGUCAGGGGCCACCUGUAUCUGCAAGUUCUCUCGAUCGCUUAGCCGCAGAGUUUUCAGCGAUUGCCGAGCACUUUGCGAGCUUAGAAACUCCAGAUUUUGUCAAUGCGGCGCUGUUUGAGCGCCGGCACUUGGAAGGAAUUCAGAGUAUGCGGAGGGAAUAUGAGAUCAAGCUGCGAACACGUGUAGAGACGCUCAAAGCAGCGAUUCACGCAGCAGAUGUACUCGCCGUCGAGGAACCUAUUGAAAUCGCUGCACGGCGCUUCAACUUCCCCUUGGCCUUCCCUUCCCUCCGCUGGAAGCAGCAUGAGAAGAAACAAGAAACCCUUGCCGUGUCUUUGACCUUCAAGUACUCCGUUCUUUUGCAGCGCCAGGUAUAG